AUGACUUUGGUUCCUUUUCCCUUUUCCCUCUCUAAGCCCUUUAUGAUGGACCUUAGCAAUUCCAGCUGGAGGCUACCCCAGCCUUCCUUUUUCCUGGUAGGUAUUCCAGGUCUAGAGGAGAGUCAGCACUGGAUAGCUUUCCCCUUGGGUGUCCUUUAUUUCCUUGCUCUAGUGGGCAACGUUACCAUUAUCUUCAUCAUCUGGGCUGAGCAAUCCUUGCACCAACCCAUGUACCUCUUCUUGGCCAUGCUAGCUGCCAUUGACCUUGUUCUGGCCUCCUCCACUGCACCCAAAGCCCUUGUUGUGCUCCUGGUCCAUGCUCAUGAGAUUGGGUACGUUGUCUGCCUGACCCAGAUGUUCUUCAUUCAUGCUUUCUCUUCCAUGGAGUCAGGUGUACUGGUGGCCAUGGCUCUGGAUCGCUAUGUGGCCAUUUGCCAUCCUCUGCACCAUUCCACCAUCCUGCAUCCAGGGACCAUAGGGCGCAUUGGGAUGGCAGUGCUGGUGCGUGGAUUGAUCCUCCUCAUCCCCUUCCCCAUCCUGCUUCAGAGCCUUAUCUUCUGCCAGACCACAGUCAUAGGCCAUGCCUAUUGUGAACAUAUGGCUGUGGUAAAACUUGCCUGUUCAGAAACCACAGUGAACAGAGCCUAUGGGCUGGCAGUGGCACUUCUGGUGGUUGGGCUAGAUGUCCUGGCCAUUGGUGUCUCCUAUGCCCUCAUCCUUCAGGCAGUGCUGAAGGUACCAGGGAGUGAGGCUCGACUCAAGGCCUUUAGCACAUGUGGGGCUCAUGUUUGUGUCAUCUUGGUCUUCUAUGUCCCUGGGAUGUUCUCCUUCCUCACUCACCGCUUUGGCCACCAUGUACCCCAUCAUGUCCAUGUUCUUCUGGCCACCCUGUACCUCCUUGUGCCACCUGCCCUCAAUCCUCUCGUCUAUGGGGUGAAGACUCGACAGAUCCGCCAGCGAGUACUCAGGGUGUUCUAUGUUAAAGGAUUGGUCUGA